UCCUCCCACGUGAGAAAACAUGGCCACAGCAGGUGCCGCAGCAAGGGUAAGGAAGCUGGCUGUUCUUAGGCAAAACAAACCUGCUCCCAAGAUAUAUCUUUGCGACUGGUUUGUGAAGCUAGUGAAACCUGGCAGAGAAUUACCAAAGGAUCACGUGCAAUGUCACGUGCCUAUGAAAAUGACCAAAUUUGAUAUUAAAAAUUAUUUUGAGCGUAUUUAUGGUGUGGAUAUUCAUAAAGUCAACACAAGAAUUCAAAGAGGUAAAGAGAAAAACCGAGUGGGCAAGUCUAUUCCUAUAUCUUUGAGAAAAUAUCGCACACCAGAUGUUAAAGUAGCCUAUCUAAUAUUAGCUAAAGGAGAGUUUAAAUUUCCAGAUCUGUUCAGUAAAUAUAUAUCGAAUCCAAACCAACCGUAAACUUUGAACAAGAACAAUAAUUACAAUCAACAAAGUUUUAAUAUGAUGCAUGUGUCAAUUGUUGUUUAGUUUUGUUUGAAGAGAGAGAGUUGUAUGCUUGAA